ACAGCUGCAAAGUCCACACAGCAGUAGUCAUGAACACCAUUGUUGUGUCUACUCCAAACGCUGCUCACCGGAAAAAGAAUACCUUCGCCUGUUCGAAGAUCUCUAGCCGCUCUUCGCUCUUGCACCUUCAAACGCGCCGCUUCCCGCACUGCGCGCCGUCUCGCCGUCUCCCGGAUUUCUUCGACCUCCUCUCCCGCCUUCGUUGCUCCUUGCGAGACACUCUCCUGCGCUUGGGGUUACAUUGCUUCUCCUUCUUUCCUCUUCCUGGGCCAGCUGGCAAGCCCUUUGGCCGCGGUUUCCGCGCCCGCGCCGCGGCAGUAGCCGCCGGCUGGAUGCGGCAUGAUUUCCGCUGUGCGGCGGAAUCUCGAUCUGCGCACCGAUCGGGAUUCUGCAACGCUCCCUGCGACGGCUGCUUCGGCGUCUGCUCCAACGUCUGCUCCACGUCGCUCCACUCCAUGUUAGACUCUUCUGACGACUCAGCCGAGUCGCCAGCGUAUCCCCCAAAGAUGAGCCCCUCAGACGCGGAACUGCACGCGUCCAGACACACAUCCACCUGCUCCAUGGCAUCUUGUCCAAACCAAUUGCAGAGCUCGUCACCGUCGUCUCCACCUCCCUCAACCUCGAACACAACCGCCCCGUCCUCAAACUGUACCGCCUUGCUUUCGGUCUCUGAAGAGGUGGGGGCGAAAGUGCUGCCGGGCGGAGGCGGUGGAGUCGGCGCCCACAUCUGAAAAAGAGUGCGAAAGCCCCUCUUUUCUUCUUUUUCUCGCUGCUGUUGCCGGCGGCGCCUGCGCUGUCGUUUGCUCGUGCCAUCACGCUUGACACGGCCCGAGUCCCCGAGCUGCAGCUGCCAUAGUGACUACUGCUGUCGCUGCUGUGUUGGCUGCUGCUGUGGUCCUCCUCGUCUCCUUCAUAACAUGUGUCGUGGUGGUCAUGUGGCGGUGAAGUGUCCGCAGCGGGGGAUGGUGACGCGGCCGCUUUCGCGCCGAACCGACCACCUGUUCUUGUUUGGCAGCUGCCACGCUUCUUGUUUCGUUUACCGGGGGGACGCCCAACCAUGUAUGGGCUUGGAUAGGCCCUCAGUGGGGUCUAUGUGACUGCUGUAGCGUGUGGUGUGUUGUGU